AUGAACUUCUCAAGGGACCCAAGGGCCGGGCGAUUGGAGAAUACUGGUGAAACAAUUUGGAUAACAGCAUCGUACGAACCCAAAGACGUGCCUUAUCUCCAGAAUGGUCCAUUGGGUGAUGAAAAAUACAAAUUUGAAUUUGCAUAUUUCUAUUGGACCGAUCAUAAAUUGGCAAAAGAAUCCGGCGUUUUGCCCUUUGAGCUUCAUGCGGUAUUUUCGAAUACCCGAUUUCAAAGCUAUGAAGAGGCUGCCAAGAGAAAUUUUGGAAUUGUCAUUUUAGUGAGGAGGCAUAUGGAAACCGCAUCGAAAUAUUCCAACGACUUUUAUGAGUACUUGAUAGAUGUGCAGAAUCCCAAGGAUGUCUACGAAUUCGAGCAAGAAGAAGCAUUUUCAUUAUUUAUGAUAUUGAAUUUGGGCUCUGAAUACAAUGUCUACCUUGGCAAAUCGACAGUACCAAAUGCCGUAUCGUGCAAUACCGAUGUCAUAUGGAUAGACUACGACGAAAUUGUUGAAAUUAUGCCCCGCGAUGUCAAAUACUUCGAAGAUCUGAUGGCAUUCGGUGACAAGCCAAUGAUGAACAACACAAUUCCGACUACGGCACCGAUAUCAGUGAUUUAUCAUUCGGUGUAUCUGUUGGAUUACGAAAUAAAUGGUUGGUUUAUCGAACCAUUUGAAGAUCAAACAAAGUAA